AUGGGUAGACGAAAAAAUACAGCACAAGAACAAGAUAUUUCUCAAAAUAUCAGACGAUUACAAAGAGCAGAAGAUCAACGUCGCAGACGACAUGUUGCUCGCCAAAAUAUUGUCGAUAAUAAUCGUGCAGUACAAGAACCUGCAGUUGAACCAGAUUAUCUAGGGCUAAUGAAUAUUCUAUGCCAACACUGUAAAGCAAAACAUUUUAAAGAUGAAAAAGUUUCAAAUAAAGGAUUAUCAUUUAAUGAUUGUUGUCAUCAUGGUUCUGUAAAACACAGGAUCCAUUACCAGAUUUUCCGCCAGAACUUUCAAAUUUAUUUAAAGAAGAACAUGAGAAAUCAUCAAGUUUUUUUGAACGUAUCCAUGAAUACAGCUCUGUAUCUAAGCAAUGGAGAUUUGCCUUCCUAUGGACAACUUUUUAUAAUUGAUCAACAUGAAGCUUUAAAUUAUAGGAUUCAACAAAAUCCUACAAUAGAUUAUGAAUUGAUGUCAAUUCUUGAUAGUAUCAUUCGUAAUAAUAACAUUUACGCUAAAUCUUAUGAAAUGAUGAAAGAAGAAAUACGUCUACAGCAAAUGAUAACAAACAUUAGAAAUGAUUCGUCACCUUCAGAAUUACAAUUACUCUUUUCAUUGAAACCAGGUCAAGAUAGUAGAAGAUACAAUAUUCAACGAGUGAAUGAAGUAGCUGCAAUAUUUUCAACAACUGCUGAUGGAGAAAUACCUGAGUCAUAUGUUACAAUUAGAAAUAAAAACAAAAUCAUUAGAAUUUAUUACACUAGAUACAGAAUAGCGGAUAGAGCAAAUGAAUUCAAUCCUAUUAUAAGAGGACGAAGACUAUUCCAACAAUACGUUGUAGAUAGUUACGUAAAAAUUGAAAAAGAUAGAAUUCAAUAUUGCAAGCAUCAUCAAAAGGAAUUACGAGCUGAUACGUAUAAAGGUUUGCAAGACCACAUGAGGAAUUGUGCAAAUGAUGUAAAUGGUCAUGUAGGUAAAACUAUAAUUCUUCCUUCAUCAUUUACUGGAUCACCACGAUAUAUGCAACAAUGCUACCAAGAUGCAAUGGCUAUUGUAAAUGAAACAGGAUCACCUGAUAUUUUUCUCACAAUGACAUGUAAUCCUAAUUGGCCUGAAAUAACAGAUAAUUUGUUACCAGGACAACAGGCUUGUGACAGACCAGAUUUAGUUGCAAGAGUUUUCGAUUUAAAAAAAGAUCGUUUACUUGACAUCGUUAUCAAAAAGAGUUUUUUCGGAAAAGUUGCAUCUUUCGUUUAUGUCAUUGAAUUUCAGAAAAGAGGAUUGCCACAUAUACAUUUAUCAAUUACACUAGAACAAGGAUACAAAAUUAUUAGACCAGACAUUGUUGAUAAAUUUAUAUCGGCUGAAAUACCUAUCCAAAUAAGAAAUCCACGCUUAUUUGAUAUCGUUAUGAGGAACAUGAUUCAUGGACCAUGUGGCGAUUGGUGUAUGAAAGAUGGAAAAUGCUCCAAAAAUUUUCCGAAAUCAUUUCAACAAGAAACUACUAUGGAUGCAAAUGGGUAUUCAAAUUAUCGACGAACUGAUGACGGCGUUCAGUACGAACGUUCUAAUGGACAUACAGUAGAUAAUAGAUGGGUUGUUCCACAUUGUAGAGAAUUAUUAUUGCUUUUCGAUUGUCAUAUUAACGUGGAAAUUGUAUCAAGCAUAAAAGCUGUCAAAUAUUUAUACAAAUAUAUAUACAAAGGUCACGAUGCAGCAACAGUUGUAAUUGGACAAGCAGAAAAUGGUCCCACUAUUGAGCACGACGAAUGUCAUAACUUCAUUGAAACACGUUAUGUUGGCCCAGUUGAAGCGUGCUAUCGAAUUUUUAGUAAAAAAAUGCAAGACAAAAGUCAUACCGUUACAUGA